GAAAAACCAACGGGGAAGAUACAAGGAUCACAGGAUCUCUUGUUGAAUCUCCACCGUCCAUGUCAACGGAAAAAUUAAUCUUUGUCGUUCAUUCAAUCUCUAUAAUCCCAGGUAAACAGCAGAUUUUAGGGUUUUCACUCCACUUCUAGCAUCACACUAGGGACUCGUGCGCAAAGGCAGCGGAUUUCUCUGGGGCUUGAGAGUUGGGAAGAUGUACACAUCAAGGAAGAAAAUCCACAAAGAUAAUGAUGCUGAACCAACUGAGUUUGAAGAGUCUGUUGGACAGGCUUUUUUUUAUCUGGAAAAUACCAACCAGGAGCUGAAAAGUGAUCUUAAAGAUCUAUACAUAAAUUCAGCAGUCCAAGUUGAUGUUUCUGGGAACCGCAAGGCUGUGGUUAUUCAUGUUCCCUACAGAUUGAGGAAACCUUUCCGAAAGAUUCAUGUUAGACUUGUCAGAGAGCUUGAGAAGAAAUUCAGUGGAAAGGAUGUAAUUCUGAUUGCAACCCGGAGGAUAUCCAGGCCACCAAAGAAAGGAUCUGCUGUACAGCGUCCUCGAAGCCGUACACUUACUGCUGUGCAUGAAGCUAUGCUGGAGGAUAUUGUAUUGCCUGCUGAGAUUGUUGGGAAGCGCAUUCGGUAUCGAGUUGAUGGAUCUAAAAUUAUGAAGGUUUUCUUGGACCCAAAGGAGCGAAACAACACAGAGUACAAGCUGGAUGCUUUUGCUGCAGUAUAUAGGAAGCUGUCAGGCAGAGAUGUUGUGUUUGAGUAUCCUAUUACGGAAGCUUGAGAUCGUCUCCAUCGUCAGCCUGAACCUGUUCAAGAAUUCCCUAUGGUGGAUGCUACUGGCAAUUUUGUCCGCUAGUUGAAGAUUUUGCUACUGUCGGUUUAAUGGAUGUAGGAUCCCCCCCCCCCCCAAAAUGGAAAUUAGUUUAGUUUCUUUUCAACUUGUGAUCGAUUGGCUUGUUUUUAAUGAAAACCUGCGGGGAAGGUUUCUUAAAAUUACAAUGCCUCGUUUCCGGCCUUCAUGAUCUGCAUGUAUACCACUUCUGUCAUUUUGAUGGGGAAA